GAUUGUAAGAUGUGCUUGGCAAGAUAAGACUCAAGAUUGUCGCAAAAUGUUCCGUAUGGUCAAGACAUUCGAGGGCUACUGUUGCGCCUUUAACUACAUUGGAGACCACAACAGCUCAUUUGAGGAGACAGAGAAUGGUCCACAUCCUUUGGAAAAAAGUGUCGCAACAACAGGCAGUGAUGACGGACUUGUAAUCCUCGUGAGAACUGACAAGAAUGACUAUCACGCCACGAUGUUCUCCUCCUAUGGUACCAAAUUACUGAUCAGUCGCCCUCGCAGCUACAUCUCAGAGACAGCUCGUCUAGUCGUGGUCGCUCCUUCUACUCUCAUCAUGGUGUCAUACACUCCUGCGCUCACCACCACCAGUGCAGAGGUGAAGGCUCUCGACACCAGCUUGAGAGAUUGUGUCAUUGAAAACGAGGUGAGUUUGGCCUACUUCAAGUUGUACACCUAUCACAAUUGUCUGGAGGAAUGCAAGAUCAACAUCACGGAGAGAUACUGCGGAUGUGUUCUUACUACAUACUACACAACCAAUAUGGAUAGGGUGUGUGACUUAAAUGACUUGCCGUGCUUAGCUUCUCAUCAAGCCCUGAUCAACUCGUACAUGCUGAGUGAUGAGUUCACACAUGUUGACGUUCAGCAGCUAAGGACCAAGUGGCCGACACCGUGUGGUUGCAAGCCGAGGUGCUACUACACUCAGUACACUAAGGACCAAGUGGCCGACACCGAGUGGUUGCAAGCCGAGGUGCUACUACACUCAGUACAGUCUACAGUAACUGUUGUUUGUUUGACAGCCCUGAUCAACUCGUACAUGCUGAGUGAUGAGUUCACACAUGUUGACGUUCAGCAGCUAAGGACCAAGUGGCCGACACCGUGUGGUUGCAAGCCGAGGUGCUACUACACUCAGUACACUAAGGACCAAGUGGCCGACACCGUGUGGUUGCAAGCCGAGGUGCUACUACACUCAGUACAGUCUACAGUAACUGUUGUUUGUUUGACAGCCCUGAUCAACUCGUACAUGCUGAGUGAUGAGUUCACACAUGUUGACGUUCAGCAGCUAAGGACCAAGUGGCCGACACCGUGUGGUUGCAAGCCGAGGUGCUACUACACCCAGUACUCAGCUGACACUAGCCGCAGCCAACUCAACUUCACUCAUUACGACACCUCCACUUACUUUUAUCGAGGCCUCAACCUGUCCAAUGGAGAGUACAGUUUGAUGUACGUAUUCCCUCGGAAUCUGAUCGCUACUCGUCUGAGAAGGGAUGUGUACACAUCCUUUACUUCACUGCUUGGGUCUUUUGGGUCCCUAUUGUCGUUCUUUCUUGGCUUCAGUGUCGUGAGUCUACUUGAGCUCUUCUACUUUCUGCUGAUCAAACCGUGCUUACACAUAUACCAUGAUCGCUACAUCAUUUACCAAUAUCUUUUCAAAUAAAUUUAAUGCAAUUGUUUGAAAAAAAGUGAUCCAAAGGAAGCUG